CUCAAAUCCAAGACACAAAAACCAUUACAACAUCAAGAAUUGCAAUAAAAAAUGAACUCUUAAAAUUUAUUGUUUUCACAGCAACGACGACUUCCCCAAUCUCUCCAUUUGGCAGUUGCUGCUUCACUGUAAUAAAUAAAUUCAUCAUUCUCAAUCUCAAUCAAUCAAAUCCCAACUUAGCAAAUCACAAAAUUGAAAAAUCCUCAGUUUAAAUCCCCAUUUCCACACACCCCUUUUCCCUCCCACCUCUAAAAAUCCAAUCUUUUUCCCAAUGGGCGCCGGAGAUCAAGAAUCCGGCAACCUCCCGCCGGAAACCGCCGUGAAACCCUCCCUCCUCCGCCACAAUUCCCCUCUAGUCCAGGUGAUCCUGAUCGGAUUCGUGUGCUUCUGCUGCCCCGGCAUGUUCAACGCCCUCUCCGGCAUGGGCGCCGGCGGCCAGGUGGACCCCACCGCCGCCAACAACGCCAACACCGCCCUCUACACCACCUUCGCCGUCUUCGGCGUCCUCGGCGGCGGAAUCUACAACAUCCUCGGCCCCAAGCUCACCCUCGUCUGCGGCUGCUCCACCUACGUCCUCUACGCCGGCUCCUUCCUCUACUACAACCACUACCAGCACCAGGCCUUUGCCAUCGCCGCCGGCGCCCUUCUCGGGAUCGGCGCCGGCCUCCUGUGGACCGCGCAAGGGGCCAUCAUGACCUCCUACCCGCCCCACGACCGAAAAGGUACCUACAUUGCCUUGUUUUGGAGCAUUUUCAAUUUAGGUGGAGUGAUUGGAGGCCUAAUUCCAUUUGCAAUGAAUUUCCAUAGAACUGAGGCAAGAUCAGUCAAUGAUGGCACCUACAUUGGCUUCAUGGUCUUUAUGACAAUUGGGACUUUGCUAUCUCUCUCCAUUCUCCACCCGAGCCGUGUCGUUCGUGACGACGGGUCGAGGUGCACGAACAUCAAGUACUCGAGCGUGGGGGUCGAGGCUCGGGCGAUUUCCCGGCUGUUUCUCGACUGGAGGAUGCUUCUAAUGGUGCCUGCUUCUUGGGGCAGCAACUUCUUCUAUAAUUACCAAUUCAACAAUGUGAAUGGGGCAUUAUUCAAUCUUAGGACAAGGGGUUUGAACAAUGUCUUUUACUGGGGUGCUCAGAUGAUUGGCUCUGUCUUGAUUGGUUAUGUGAUGGAUUUUAGUUUCCGGAGUCGGCGGGCCCGGGGGCUGUUGGGCGUCGCGGUCGUUGCGGUGGCGGGGACGGCUAUUUGGGGCGGGGGGCUGGCGAAUCAGCUCGGUUAUGACCGGAGCGACGUGCUUCUGAAGCGUAUCCGGCUGCUCGAUUUCAAGAGUGGGAGUGAUUUUGCUGGGCCUUUUGUGUUGUAUUUCUGCUAUGGUUUGCUUGAUGCCAUGUUUCAGAGCAUGGUGUAUUGGGUGAUUGGGGCAUUGGCUGAUGACACUGAGAUUCUUAGCAGGUUUACGGGGUUCUAUAAGGGCGUGCAGAGCGCGGGGGCGGCUGUGGCGUGGCAGAUCGACUCGCACAACAUCCCGUAUGUGAACGAGCUAGCGACGAACUGGGCACUGAUGACGAUAAGUUAUCCGUUGCUGGUUCUGUUGAUCGUGAAAGCUGUGAAGGAUGAUGAUGAAGUUGAUGGAAAAUCGAAGGGAGACGGGACGAUCGUCCCCGGGAUCCAUUGAUGUUUUUUUUUGGUGUUGGGAUUGAAUGUUUUGCACCUAGGGUUGUUGAUCAAGAAAAUAUGCUUGUUCAUUCUUGUGGAACAUUAAUGUGUUCCACUUGAACAAGUGUUGUUGAUUGUUUUUGUAACUGUCGGCUUUGGUUCAUAGUAGAUACAAGUAAACAUGUUCAUGGUUGUAACUGUCGGCUUUGGUACCGGAAAUGUUGAAACUGUACCAGAACCCUAAGUUUAUGAUAUUAGCGACCAAGUUUUAAGUC